CAGGUAUUAAUAAAAUUAAACAGGUCUACCAUGAUUUUUAACAAAACGAUUUCUACUGCAUUCAGUGACGGGUACGUACACGCAGACUUUGUACCAAGCACGAAGGCUAGCCGACAUCUGUGCGUUUGGUUGGCCCAUUCAUCAAACCACCUGUGGCGUAAAAAUACCUAUUGUCACGGCUUGUCUGGGUAAACUCUGAAGUGGCGUUGGAAAUAAACUCACGCGAGUAGUCCGGAGAGUCAUAGCAUACAUUGAACCUUUGCUGGAAGGCCAGGACGCCAGGUUUGUUUCUAAAACGGAGCGAGUGUUUGAUUAGGAGCUGAUGGAAAUUAAAACUGGGGCGUUUGAGACUCUGAUCAUGUGAACUUGUCGCCUGGGCUUCAUCCGCGCUUGGAAACCACUUCAGAAAAAUUGUAUAUACGCGUGAUUGUCGACGCGUUUGUUGUGGUACUUUGCUAUCGUAUGAUGAUGGACACUUACGUGGUACGUUGAUAGUACAUUCAUUCCUCCAUGGUUGAUAUGACUUUGUGAGUCUGUACGUGCAUCAGUAUGCAGUGAAUAUGCGGGUACUGUGGUCUUAGCUGUGUAUGGUAUUCUCAUCGCAACGGCAAAUUCUGACUAGCUAAAAGAAAACCUCUAUGUAGCCAUAUUGCAUAUCUGAGCCGCAGAGUUGGGAAGUCCAACGAUGAGUGACCGGGUGGGAAGCGCCGGGCACCUGUGCCGUAGCUUCUACGCUCGGCUCGCCCGGACCAGGCAGGUCCAACAGCCCGCCUCCAGGGGCGAGAACGGAUGCUCCCCAUCCCAGGAGGGGGCACGGUGUGUCCCCUUUAAACUUGCACGGUAUGGCGUAGGGCACGGUGGAUCUCUCGCGGUGGGUGUGUUCGUGAUUGUCGGAUAUGUCGCCGCCGAGGUGACGGGCCCAUCGGCACUGCUGAGCUUGGUGGUAGCUGCACUCGCAUGUUUGAUAACAGGUUAUUGUUACGCCGAGUACACAUCGCACUAUCCAACCCGAUCCAUGCCGGCCUCUACCUAUCACUACAUCUACAUGCUGUCUGGUGAGUUCCCCGCCAUUGUGGUAGGUUGGUGUCAAGUUCUCGUCUAUCUCGCCGCCUCAGCGUUGCUAGGGAGAGCCGUCAGCUCCACAUUCGAUUACAUCAUCGGAAAUCCGAUCCAGAACUUCACUGAUUACGCGCUUGAGGACACGGCUGCCUCGGCGUACGUCCAGGAACCAGACUUCUUAGCCUUCGGCGUGGUUGCCGUGGUGGCUUUGCUGGUGUCCGUCGGCGGGAAACCAGCGUCACUUUCCAACGCAAUAUUCAGCGUGGUGUCCUGCGUUGUGGUGUUGGCUCUCAUAGUUUUGGCGGGAAUCCAGCUGGCCAAUCAGAGCUUUCCACUGACGGCCAACAUCUUUCCAGAGGGACACAAAGGGGUGUUCCGCGGAGCAGCCAUUUUCAUUUUUCUCUUCAGUAGUUAUGACGUCAUUUCAACGUCAUCUAAAAGCUCGGGGUCGUCCUCGUUCCACAUCGCGCACGCCCUGGCCAUCUCGUCCAUAAUAAACUUAGUGUUCUACUUGGUGCUGGCCAUGUUUUUCCUCUUGGCGGCGCCCUUUCCCUGGAGGAGCGGGAACCCGUUUUUGACGAGACUCUUCGGCACGCAUUGGGGGGACUGGGCCAAGUACACCGUCGGGAUAAGUGCAAUAGUCUGUCUGGGCUCCGCCCUGUUCAAUAACAUGUGUUCGCUGGUGUACAGCGUCUUCCUGCUGGGAAACGACGGACUUGUUUUUCGUUUCCUUGGCAAACUAGUCUCCAGACUCCAGUCGCCAUUUUUGUCGGCCGCCAUCUUUGGGAUCAUCUGCGGAGCGAUCGCCAUCGCAGUGGAACAAGAGACGCUCCUGGAGCUAAUGGCACUUGGCCUGUUGGCGAAACAACUCAUCGUCUGCGCAUGCACUCUUUCCCACCGGUUCCAAAAGAUCAAGUUGGAUGUCAAUGAAAACAUCAAUCUGGAGGACAUCUUGAAAAACGGUCAGGUGACCAACCCGGGAACGCAGGAGGGGAGAAAGCCCGUGUUGAGCAACGGCGGCCCGCGUCACCAUACCAAACGCAAGACAAAGCAAACACCUCAGAAUGAAGAACAAUCAAACGCGGAUGGGAAGACCGAGGAAGACGCUUCCUCGCCCGCGGUGGUCGACGCCUCGCAGACCAACGGGAAAUCGGUGCGAUUCCGGGACGAGACAUCAGACAGCUCCGGCGCCUCGGACAUCGAGGAAACAGACAUCGACGCCAUUGUGGAGGAAUACCAAGACAGGCUUCGCGUGGCGUCUAUCAAACACUUAGAGAAUCCUCACAACGGCCGCCGCAUAUUGAAAGGUCCGACAGUAUUCACCUCCAACAUGGCGGCUGGGUUUUCCGUUCUGGUAUGCCUCUGGACAGCUGUCCUGGCCGCCAUUUUGACCCAACGCGUACCCUACAUGCCAUCCGUGGAACCCUGGACCAUCUCUGGUUUGUUCGUCUUCUUUGUCGUCGUUGUUGUUUGUCUGUUGGUGAUUGUUACGCAGCCACGCCGGGAGGUGAAGCCGGUGUUCAUGACGUCACUGUUCCCCCUGCUGCCGUUUUUAGGGAUCGCAGCGAAUGUUGGUCUGCUGUUCUUUCUGUGUGCUGAGGCAUGGAUUGUCUUCAUGGUGUGGCUCACCCUUGGUCUGUGUGUGUACUUCUGUUACGGUAUUUGUCACAGCGUAGAGGCCAGGAGAUACUACUGCCGGCUGCCCGAGGAGGAACGCAUCCUACUGCCGUCCAUUCCCGAACAGGCCAUGCACCAGGAAUUCGUAAACGGGCAGACACCCAAACGCCAGAACAUUGGCUACCAAGAUUUUCACGAGACACCGUAGCCAUGGCGACGCUGGUCUGGUGCCCUGACGUCUAACACGUUGGGAUGCAUGGCUCGAGGAGGAACGCAUCCUAUACAGGCC